UCUGCAGACCUCCAGCAGCCAUAGACUGGCUGUUGAUAUUUACGUACUCCGCGGCUGCAUAAGUGCCACUCAGCUGUCACUCUUCAUUUCACGUCGUUCGUUUAAUAUGACUGCGCUAAUUUUAGUGUCGUAGCAUUCAUCAAUACCCAAAUAGGAGGUUCUGGUACCUAAAGGAGGUCGUUUAGAAAACUAUUUGGAGAGCGCCGGUUGCGACAGUGAUAAAUAUCCAAGUAUGUCUUCAUCCGUCGUGCACGACAACUUCGCCAAAAAGAAGCACGUUCGUUUCGCUAGCAUGGAGGAGGAGAACGACAACGACGAACCGGAGGAAAACACGCUGUUUGACAAGAGGAAGGAGGCUGGUCGGGGGCUGAAGAGCUCACUGAAGUUGGCGAAGAGGAGCAAAAAACCGGGAGGAGACAAGCGAGUGAAAGUGGUCGGCGGAGGAAGCAGGACGUGUGGCCGUUGGAUGGUCACGCUCGCGCUGUGUGGGUCAUCCCUAGGCUUGGGGAUGGGUAUCUCCGUUCUCGGCCCCACGUUUGAGGAUCUGGCUGCCAAUGUGCACAAGAACAUCAGCGACAUCUCCUACAUCUUUGUUGGCCGUGCUGCCGGCUACAUUGGUGGAUCUCUCAUCGGAGGCAUUCUGUUUGAGAUGAUUAACCCUCACAUCCUGCUAGGGAUUUCCAUACUGCUCACAGCAUUUGGGAUGUAUGCUAUCCCUUUCUGCAAACAGGCCCUGUUGCUUGCUGGAAUCAUGUCUUUUGUAGGGAUGUCUAUGGGAGCUUUAGACACAGGUGGGAAUGUGCUCAUCCUGAACACGUGGGGUGAGCAUUCCGGCCCCCACAUGCAGGCUUUUCACUUCACCUUUGCAGCAGGGGCCUUUGCAUCCCCCAUCAUAGCCAAGGUGCUGUUCGGCCAUGAUGGAAGCACCAGCGCUUCGGUUACACCAACUAACCCUCCUAUUGUCACCACAACUUCGAACACUGACACCAUGAUCCACCACAUCCAAGCCAAGAGCAUUAACCUGAAGUCCAUGUGGGCCUACAUCGUGAUUGGCUCCUUUCUCCUCUUCAUCUCCUUCCUCUUUGUCCUCCUCUACUGCCGUGGCAGCACGUCACGAGACAAACUGCAGGCAGCGCCAGGGAAGCCUCAGGUAGCCAAACACCACUUAACUCUUGUUGUUCUGCUUUUCUUCUUCUUCUUUGCUUAUGUGGGUGCAGAGGUGGCGUACGGCUCCUUCAUCUUUACAUUCGCCAAAGAUUACGCCCAAAUGCCUGAGACCCAUGCAGCUGGGCUCAACUCGCUGUUCUGGGGCACUUUUGCUGCCACUCGAGGGUUUGCCAUCUUUUUUGCUGCCUGCUUGUACCCUGGCACCAUGAUCUUUCUCUGCCUGGUGGGCACCAUCAUCUCCUCUCUUCUUCUCUGCCUCUUCAAUCAUAAUGUGGCAUUGUGGAUCGGCACCGGCCUCUAUGGGGCAUCCAUGGCCACCACCUUCCCCAGUGGGAUCUCUUGGUUGGAGCAGUACACCACAGUGACGGGCCACACAGCGGCAGCUUUUGUAGUGGGGGCUGCGCUGGGAGAAAUGGUUCUCCCUGGAAUUGUGGGCUACCUCCUUGGAAGUUUCCCAAAGCAGCCUCUGCUGAUGUACCUAACCCUCAUCACAGCCAUCUUCACCGCCAUCCUCUUCCCAGUCAUGUACAAGGUGGCCACAGCACCCAGUGGUCAGAGCAAGAAGCUUCGCGUCAGGGACCUAACAGACACAGAUGACAGCGAGUACCAACAGGCCCUGCUGGACUCAGGAACCACUGAGGAGGAGGAUGAGGAAGAAGAGGAGCAGAAUGAGGCUGAUCAGUGGAAUGACACAGACUUUGAGGUCAUUGAAAUGGAUGACACAUCAAGUGCUAUUAAUUCACCCAGCAAGGGGUCGCCUCCUGAUUGUGGCACUGUAACGGGCCCCUCUGCUGCCUCAAGUACAAGCAGCCUGCUGGCAGAGGCUGCUGGUGCAGCGUCGUUCUCAGACCCUGUUCUGACGGGAGGAGACUCUCCCAGCAGCAAGCUGCAGCUAAAAGAGACUGAAAACUGCAGCGCCACCUGCUGAUCCUGCACUGAACAUUACAAGAGCCAUGCUUGUUUUCAUUUGUUGCCCAAUGUUUCUGUGGAGUGGUUUAAAUUUGAACCCUGCAUCAACAUCAGCUCAGUUUGGGUUUGGCACUCCUGUUGGAUGAUGGGUCAUCUACUACACAUGGUUAAAAAUACAGACUUGUUCUGAUCUGGCUCCCUCUGCUGGGAGCCCAGCAUCCCAGAGCUAACAGUUCAGUGCCUUCCUGAGGGCACAUCAUCCUGCCAAUCAGCUGCAGUGUCAAGUAACUUUUGUUGCUCUUACAUGAAGAAUUGUUUUGUUUUGUUCUUUCAUCACUGAGUCACUUACUGAAGGUAAACUCUGAAUAACUGAACAAGGCGGCUUAUGAAUACCAGUUUUUUUAUUAUAUCAAUCUCAAACCUCCACCCACAGCAAAGUCAAUUAUAAACAAUCAAAAGCACCUUCAAUAUCUUCAUUUUUUACAUUUUUACAAACAGAGCCUGUGUACAGCUGUAUGGGACCUAUAGUUUGUGCAGGAAACUGGACAUGUACAUAAAACCAUAUGUGAACAAAGACUCUCUGUGACAAAUUAUAAUACAGUAUUGCAACAGUCCCAGAUUGAAAAGAAAUGUUUCCAGUUUUUAUACUCUGAAGUAUGAUGAGUCAGAUCUGCUAAAAUCAACAUCAGUACAACCAGUCAGAAGAAACAUGGCACCCUUUGAACACAAUGUAAUAAAUGGUUGACUGCC